GUCUGCCCUAUGCCAUGAACCAGGCUGGUCUGCCGCUGGGCCUGCUGCUGCUGGUGGGUGUUGCUGUCAUCACAGACUACUCCAUCAUCCUCCUGAUAAAGGGGGGCAACAUGUCGGCCACCAGCAGCUACCAGGCGCUGGUCUGCAGCGCCUUCGGCCGCCCCGGGUUCCUCCUGGUAUCCCUGCUGCAGUUCCUCUACCCCUUCAUAGCGAUGGUGAGCUACAACAUGACGGUGGGUGACACGCUGACCAAAGUGUUCCAGAGGAUCCCUGGAGUCGGUCCGGACCACAUGCUGGCAGAACGCAGUGUCGUGAUCUCCAUGGCAACCGUCCUGGUGACCCUCCCCCUCUCACUGCCUCGCCACAUCGGACAGCUCGGGAAGGUGUCCCUCCUCUCCAUGGUGCUGACCCUGGCCAUUCUGCUGGUAGUGGCGGUGCGGGCCGCCACCCUGGGCCCUCUGAUACCCCCUACAGAAGAUGCUUGGGUGUUUGCUAAGUUGAAUGCCAUUCAGGCCGUUGGCAUCUUGUCCUUCGCCUUCAUCUGCCACCACAACAGCUUCCUGAUGUACCACUCCCUGCAGCGCCCCACGCUCAGCGCCUGGCUCAGGGUCACCCACGUCUCCGUGGGGACCGCCGCCGCGGCCAGCGCCGCCUUCGCUGUGGCCGGCUACACAACCUUCACCGGACACACACAAGGGGAUAUCUUUGAGAACUACUGCAGAGAGGAUGACCUCGUGACCUUUGGCCGCUUCUGCUUUGGCCUCAGCAUCAUGACCACCUUCCCUCUGGAGUGCUUCGUCACACGAGAGGUGCUGUCCAACGUGUUCUACCAGCGAGAGUUGUCCUCCCUGGAGCACGUGGCUCUCACCCUGCUGCUGGUGGCCUCCAGCUGCACCCUGUCACUGCUCUACGACUGCCUGGGCCGGGUGAUGGAGCUCAACGGGGUCCUCAGUGCCAUCCCGCUGAUCUUCAUCCUGCCGUCGGCGUGUUUCCUGAAGCUGUCUCCGGGCCGCUGGUUCCACUCGGAGAAGCUGCUGCCCAGCUUGCUGCUGCUGGCCGGGGGCGUCCUGGUGCUCAGCGGCCUGGUGCUCAGCGGCCUGUUCCCCCACAGCUGCACCCACGGGGACGAGCCCUCGUACUGCAACGCCUCCAGAACCGCGCCGCCCGGCUAGGGGGCGGGGCCUCCUACUCCAACGCCCCCAGCACCGCGCCGCCUGGCUAGGGGGCGGGGCCUAAUAUCGCCGUUUGAAGGAACCUUGUGAUGUUGUCAUUGUAAUAAA